AUGCCUAAUUUCCACUUUCCCCUAUUUCGUUCGCGACGACGUCCAAACGAGGCUAAAACACUCAUAGCCCUUUACGAAAGACAGCGAAGACAACAAAUGACCGUCAAUUAUGACUUCUACUUAUUUGGGGACGAACCUCUAAUGACACAGGUUAUUGGAGUUACUAGUUACUCUGAAAAUCGAAUUCGUAUUGAUUCGGCUCCAGCGAAUCAUCAAAAACUUGACCACGAGUUGGUUAGGUCAACCUCUCCUUCCUUUGCGAUCAACAACGAAAGGUGUGCGAUCACAGAAAGUCCUGCUGAGCAACAAAAAACAUCAUAUCAACUAGAUGACAAUUUCUUGCAGACGAUUGACGAAUGGCAAAGGCGAAAUGUAUCCGCUCUAGAGAGAGAGCAGGGUAGCAAUGAUGGUGAAGAGUCCGAUGAUGAAUAUGAGACGCCUGGAGAGAUGUCUCCUGUGAAAUCGAAGGCCAAUUCAUCUACAGAGGCCUCACCAGGCGCUGAACGAAAAGUCAGCAGAACCCUCCUUGAUAUUGCUGCACAGGAGAGAUUGGCUGGGCUGAUGAAUUCCGAAAAGGAUUCAGGAAAAUCCCUAAUCAACCCCUUGCCCCUAUCCCUUCAAAGAAAAUCCAUUAUAGCACGUACAAUUCGUCGUGACCGAACCAAACCGAAAAACGCUUUUUCUCCACAACCUGACGCUUUAAUCGAUUCAAGCCCCCUUACCAUAACACCCGGAAGUUCCGUGCAUCAGAGCCCUACAUCUCCCUUGCCUCAACUGUCGUUAUCAGACUCCGCAUUCAGAACUCCCUCUCCACCUGCCGUUUCCUCCUCACAAACUCCGGCUUCCACGAGAAUGAAGCCUGAGGAGUCAUAUGAGAGCGCGAUAGCGUCUCCUCCUUGGGCUGCUGCGAUGGCCGCUAUUGGGGCGUCCUCCUCUCCUCCUGUCGUCGGUAUUUCAAAGAAAUUAGCCCAAAAUUCCCAGAGUUUAUGA